AUGUCAAAUUUAAUUUUUGUAAUAAUCCAAAAAGGCAAAAAGCUACUUUCAUACGACGGAUAUUUACAUAGCUUACACCGAUCAACUGAAAAUAAAUGUAUUUGGCGCUGUGUUGAAUUUAUAAAUUACAAAUGUAAAGGACGCUGUCAUACAACUAAUGACGAAGAAUCAGGAGAAAUUAUAAAAAUACCCACACAUAAUCAUGAUCAAAUGCUGAUAAGUUUAAUGUUAAAAAAGCGAUUGACAAAUUAA